AUGGCUGAGGUCGAGGCUGUGGGCGCCGCCCUGUCUACUGUUGUAUUCUUUUCUCGGCUGGAUGAAGCAACCGUUUUGCUCCUAUCAAAAUGCGUGAAGUACGAGCAGUUCAAGUCUCACGAAAAAGUUUUCAGCUACGGUGCUUAUGGAGACAAGUAUUACUUGCUCCUAACGGGAAGGGUAGCAGUGCAGGUGCCAGUGAAGCAACCUGGCAAUAACAGCAGCAGCAACGACAGCGGCAGUGAGAACAAUGACAACAGCGAGGAGCAUAGUAGUGAUGAUGGUGACGACACGGCUAGUAGCAACGAAAAUGGAAAAGUACAUAUGCUGCAGAUAGCCACGUUAGAGGCAGGCGCGGGAUUUGGGGAGAUGGCGCUGCUGGAGGACCAGCCCAGAUCGGCAACUAUUGUAGCACUUGAGAACUCGGAAGCCCUGUCUUUAGAUAGGGAGAACUACCAGCUGCACGCAAUGGAAAAACACAGAGAAGUGUUCCGCCGCAAGUAA